AUGGCUACACCCACUGUCCUCACUUUUGACGCUGAGGGUCGAGCCAUUGACUUUGAGGUCUGGCUCGACGACCUGCAGCUGUUUUUACAGUGCGACAGGGCCGACAGUCUGUCUCUCUUUGACCCUGCCCCUGCUGCUGAUGCUGACGCCACUGUUCGCUCUCAGUGGGCCACGCGCGAUGCUGCUGCACGUCUUGCUGUGCCUCGCCACCUGCCUACCGCUGAGCGCGCGCACUUUAGUCAGUACAAGAGUGCUCAGACCUUGUACGACGCUGUAGUUGCACGCUACUCCUCACCUGCCACUACUGCACUGAGCCGCCUCAUGCUCCCCUUCCUCUUCCCUGACCUUGCCGCCUUUCCCACUGUCGCUGAUCUCAUCACGCACCUCCGCACUAGUGACACUCGCUACCGUGCUGCACUUCCUGCUGACUUCUGCACCAAGAACCCCCCCGCCAUUCCCACCACCCUCACCGUCGACAGCCUCGAGAAGGCCCUUCUUGCAGCAGAGAAGAGCAUAGUUGCUGUAGGAGCCUCUCGAGGUGACCCCCGCGCCCCCAUCUUUGAGGGGUGUUCUCCUUCCCCUCUCCUGCCCUCUGUUGCCUCUGCCGCUGCGGCCGACCUCGUUGGUCUUGAGUCGGUCGGUGCGGCGUCUGCCCCUAGCGGGAGACGCCGCUCUGGCAAGGGCAAGGGGGGCAAGGGAGCGGGUGGGGCCAGUGGGGGCGGUGGCGGUGGGGGUGGAGGCGGCGGAGGGAGUGGGGGUGGCGGUGGAGGUAGUAGUGGGGGUGGGGGUGCUAGUGGCAGCGGUGGCGGCGGGAGUGGCGGCGGCGGUGGCGGUGGUAGCGGAGGUGGCGGAGGUGGCGGCGGUGGAGGUGGGGGCGGGGGCGGUGGAGGCGGAAGCGGGGGUGGCGGAGGUGGAGGUGGUCGGAGUGGGGCUUCGCAGCGGAGCGGCACUGGUGGCGGUCAGCGCCAACAGCAGCAGCAGCAGCAGCAGCACCGUUCUCGCGACGUCCUCACCCCCCAGCAGCUCCGUGAGUGGUACACGCAGCGUCAGCGCGGUGGGGGUUUUGGUCCCUGCACCUACGUUCUCCGCACUGGCGACCGCACUGGAGAGCAGUGUGGGGGUGCCCACCCCGCUCAGCGCUGCUUUGGCCGCCUGACAGACGCUUGGCGUCACCAGUUCCCGGAGGCCGCGGAGAUCCCCCGCUGGGGAGAGCUGUCUAGGGCUGGUGUAGCUAUCUUUGAUCUUGAUUUUGAUGCUAUCCUUGCUGCCAUGUAUGCUGUGACCACUAGUGAGGAGGGUGACUGUUACCGGUGUUUCCCGCCCGACCCGGGCAUUGGUACUGCUGCUCCAGGUACCGGUACUGCGUCGGCUUCGGCCUCCCACACCUUCACUCUUGACUCUGGAGCGUCUCGCUCUUUUUUUCGGGACCGCACAACACUUACGCCACUUAGUCGGCCGGUUGCGGUUUCCCUGGCUGACCCCUCUGGGGGUCCUGUCCUGGCUCGCUUCUCCACGGUCCUCCCGUGUCCGGCGGCUCCCUCUGGCACCCUGUCUGGUCUCUACCUCCCCUCGUUCUCUACGAACUUGGUGAGUGGUGCUGACCUACAGGAUGGGGGAGUUCACCAAUUCACCCCUGCUAGUCAGCGAGUGACGCACUGCACGGAGGCUAGCACGGGUCGUCACCUGGCUACGUUUACACGUCAGCCAGGGUCGAGCCUGUACACACUGACCACUGCUUCUCCUCCAGGUGCUGAGUCUGGUAGCGUGCCUUCGUCUGGUCAGGUGUUUGCUGCAGCGUCCAGGUCUGGUCCUGAGUCUGCCCCCUGUUCGUGUCGCCGUCUGUCUCACGAGACCCUCCUCUGGCACCACCGUCUUGGCCACCCCUCUCUGCUUCGGCUCAGAGGCAUGGCCUCCCAUCUUCUUGUGUCUGGUCUCCCCCGGUCUCUACCUCCCCUUCCUCAGGGCCCUGGCCCUGCCUGUGUCCCCUGUGUCGAGGGGCGCCAGCGUGCUGCCCCUCACUCCUCCCAGUUUCCUCCGAUAGAGGCUCCGUUGCAGACGCUUCACAUGGACGUGUGGGGCCCUGCCCGCGUCCGUGGACUCGGUCACGAGCGCUACUUCCUGCUGGUGGUUGACGACUGCUCGCGUUACACCACAGUCUUCCCCUUGCGCAGCAAGGGUGAUGUCACUGAGGUGCUGAUCGACUGGAUCCGCGCAGCUCGUCUCCAGCUCAGGCAGAGCUUUGGCUCGGACUUUCCUGUGUUGCGUCUGCACUCGGACAGAGGCGGAGAGUUCUCCUCUGCCCUUCUGCGUGCCUACUGUCGUGCGCGAGGCAUCCGCCAGACCUUCACGCUUCCGGACUCCCCGCAGCAGAAUGGGAUUGCAGAGCGCCGCAUUGGCAUGGUCAUGGACGUCGCUCGUACGUCCAUGAUGCAUGCGGCUGCCCCCCAUUUUCUGUGGCCGUUUGCGGUCAGGUACGCAGGGCAUCAGAUCAACCUCCACCCCAGGGUCUCCACGCCGGAGACCUCCCCAGCGCUGCUGUGGACGGGGAAGGUUGGCGAUGCGUCGGCGUUCCGGGUCUGGGGAUCUCGGGCGUUUGUCCGCGACUUGUCUGCGGACAAGCUGUCCCCUCGCGCUGCUCCCUGCGUCUUCCUGGGGUUCCCCCCCGACGCCCCCGGGUGGCAGUUCUACCACCCCACUUCUCGACGUGUUCUGUCCUCUCAGGACGUCACGUUUGACGAGUUGGUACCCUACUACCGCCUCUUCCCCUACCGCACUUCGUCCCUCCCCCCUCCCCCGCUCUUCUUGGUACCAGGUCCCCCCCCGGUAGACCCCCUUCCCCCUCAGGGUCCUGCCCCUUCAGGUGUGUCCCAGGUAGACGCGGUCGAGCCUGUCGAGGUCACUGGUGACUCUGGUGCGGCUGUGGGAGCUGAGCCUGGAGGUGCGGAGUCUGGAGGUGCUGAGCCUGGGGGUGCUGAGCCUGGGGGUGCUGAGCCUGGGGGUGCUGAGCCUGGGGGUGCUGUGCCUGGAGGUGCUGAGCCUGUGGGUACUGUGCGUGGGGGUACUGAGCCUGGGGGUGCUGAGCCUGGGGGUGCUGAGCCUGGGGGUGCUGAGACUGGGGGUGCUCCGCCUGGAGGUGCUUCGCGUGCUGCUGGUGCUGGAGGUUCUUCGGCUGCAGAGGGUACUACUGCCGAGCGUCCCGGCGGUGCUCGUACUGUGGGUGCUGGAGCUGCUGGGUCUGAGGGUUCUCCUGGAGCUGGUGCUGCUGAGGGUGUUGAUGCUGAGACUGCCGUUGGAGGUCCGACUAGCGGUGCUCCUGCUGGUGCUGCUGGAGGUUCGGGAGCUACUGGAGGUGCUGCUGGAGCGAGUACUCCUGCUAGGGGUUCUGGUGCUGUCCCCGCUGUUUCUGACGUCGCCGCGCGGCCCCGGCCGUACUUUGUUCCGCUCCUGCAGCAGUCACAGCUACAGCCUGCCUCACCUUUGCCUGCUCCUUCUCCCUACGCUGGUCCGACUGGAGGUCUUACUGAGCGUCGUGAGCCUGCGUCUCGUCCUGCGUCGCCUGUUCGUACUGCGCGCGCUAGUGGUCGCGGUUCGCGUCAGCGUCCUCCUCCUGUCCCUGGCACGCACCGGAUGUCUCUGCGUCCGUCCACUGCUCCUCUGCGUGCCCCUUUGCCUUCUCCUCCUGCUUCCUCUCUUCCUACUCUUGCCGACCCGGAGUCGGACUCUCUUCGUGCUGCCAGUCCUACUGUCACGCGUCUCCUUGCUACCGCUGUCACUGACCCUUCUUUCGAGUCUUCUGCUGCGUCUGCCCUUGUCACUGAGCUCGUCGACUUUGCUGCGCGCUGUCGCCUAGACUACGCUGCUAGUCUUGUUGCUGAGUCUGAGUCUGCCUGUCCUCCGUUCGUCGGGGGUGAGUGUGCCCUUGGCACGGACGUCCUUGAGGACAGGCAGGAGGAGUUCCAGUGUCUGGCCGCCGCUUCACCUCAUCUCGCGUCUGUACUGCUCGCCCCUGAGGGAGACCCGGAUGCACUAGACAUCCCGACUCCGCGCUCUUACGCGGAGGCGAUAGAGGGUCCCUACUCCUCUCAGUGGCAGGCAGCUAUGGAUACAGAGAUGGCUUCCUGGAAGUCCACAGGCACCUACGUUGACGCUGUUCCCCCUCCUGGGGCGAACAUCCGGCAGGGGGUUGACUACUUUCAGACCUUCUCCCCCACCCCGAAGAUGACCACUCUUCGGGUACUGCUGCACGUUGCUGCUCACCGUGACUACGAGCUGCACUCUCUCGACUUCAGCACAGCUUUCUUGCAGGGCAGCCUGCACGAGGAGAUCUGGCUGCGUCGCCCACCUGGCUUCACUGGGUCUUUCCCUCCUGGUACCCAGUGGAGUCUCCGGCGUCCAGUCUACGGUCUCCGCCAGGCGUCACGUGAGUGGCACGACACACUGAGGACUACGCUUGCGGCACUUGGGUUUGCUCCUUCUACUGCCGACCCGUCGCUGUUUCUGCGCACCGACACCUCUCUGCCGCCGUUCUACAUCCUCGUGUACGUCGACGACUUGGUCUUUGCCACAGCGGACACUGCUGGACUCGCUUACGUGAAGUCCGAGCUGCAGAAGAGACACACGUGCACUGACCUGGGUGAACUGCGCAGCUACCUUGGCUUGCAGAUCACCCGGGACAGAGCACGCCGCACCAUUACCCUGACUCAGUCACACAUGGUGCAGCAGGUCCUUCAUCGCUUCGGCUUCACGUACUCCUCGCCUCAGGCCACUCCUCUGCCUACUCGCCAGCCUCAUGUACCUGAUGACCUGCACACAACCUGA